AUGGAAGACUCAUCCAACGCCCACCACGCCCCGAGGCCCAAACCCAUCCCGCCAUACCUCGUCAACGGCCACUCUCCUCUCCACCCCAUGGCUACUAUCGAGAGGGACCACGAAGAACGUAAGAGCGCAAUGGCGGCCAUCCAGCGCUCCAUGGGACCGCGCAAAGAGCCACUCGAUCUCGCUGAGCUGGAGAACCCGCUCGCUUUCCGAUCCUCCCCGCAAAGCAAGCCGAAUGGGUCACCAGAGCAGAAGAGGGAUCUGCCUAAGCAGUAUGUGGAGGUAGAGGACCAGGAUAUCGAGGACAUUGAAAUGCGAAUUGCGUCCAGAGACGGCCCCGACGAGGCACCUCCGACGCCGCCAGCUACGAGCCGCUCGAUAUCGCCUUUCACUUCAAAUCCCACCGUAGACUUUGACGGUCUGUCAUGGCCGAGCACUGGAACGCUAGACAGACUGCGUGAGCGCGACAGUCCAGAAGAGGCAGAGGCGAGAUUAAAGAAGUUGGCGGGAGCUGUGAGAACGAUGCUGGAGUGUAUUGGAGAAGACCCAGACAGAGAGGGUUUACAUGGAACGCCAGAAAGAUACGCCAAAGCUAUGAUGUUCUUCACCAAGGGCUAUGAAGAGAACUUGAGGGAUAUCGUCAACAACGCUGUCUUCCACGAAGAUCACGAUGAGUUAGUGAUUGUCAAGGACAUCGAGGUGUACAGCUUGUGCGAGCACCACUUGGUGCCUUUUACUGGAAAGAUGCACAUCGGCUACAUUCCAUCUCGUCGAGUCAUUGGCCUUUCGAAGCUCGCUCGAAUCGCCGAGAUGUUCAGUAGACGUCUUCAAGUACAGGAGCGACUGACAAAACAAGUUGCACUCGCCCUUUCCGAGGUCUUGAAACCUCAGGGCGUUGCAGUGGUCAUGGAGAGCACGCACAUGUGCAUGGUGAUGCGAGGCGUGCAGAAAUCCGGUUCCGUGACAACUACCAGCUGCAUGCUUGGCGCGAUGCGUGCGCGCGCAAAGACCAGGGAAGAGUUCUUGAGCUUGCUGAAUCGAAGAUAA